UGCAAUGGUCGUCGUCCUGACAUUACUCGGCAAAUUCCUCAAACGGGAGGUGCAAUGAAGGCGGGGGCAUCGUCCAUGUGGGCGUCAUGCUGUGGGUUGCUGAACGAGGUGAUGGGCACCGGCACGGUGCGGGCUCAGCAGCCAGGGUUCGGAGCAGGGGCGGGGCCCUUCCGCUUCGCCCCCAGCGCUGGGUACUCCACCUACCCCCCCACCAGCUCAGGGAGCGCUGGACAGCUGUGCAAGGCCUGCGGACUGGCCUUCUCUGUCUUCAGACGCAAGCACAUCUGCUGUGAUUGUAAGAAGAGUUUCUGCGCCCUGUGCUCGGUGCUGCAGGAGAACCUGCGCUGCUGCACUACCUGCCACCUGCUGCGUGGCACGGCCUUCCAGCGGCCCCGGCUCAUGCAGCUCCGAGUGAAGGACCUGCGGCAGUACCUGCUGCUGCGCAACAUCCCCACAGACACAUGCAGGGAGAAAGAGGACCUGGUGGACCUGGUGCUCUGUCAUCAGGGGGCGAGGGAGACCCAGAGAACGGUGGUGGAAGAGGAUGAGGAGGAAGAUGAGGAGGACGCACACGAGGAAGAGGAGGAAGAGGAGGAGGAGGAGGAAGAUGAAGGGGGAGAUGAUACAGACAGUCUGCACUCGCUCCCCCACUCGCGCGCCGCCUCGCCCCCCUCUGCCACUCGCUCCACCUCUGAACAGUCGGUCCUCUCCGCCUCUCAGGGAGACGUGCUCAGCCCAAGUGACAGCUCAGGGACCACCAGCCAGGAGCAUGAGGAUACCCCAACAGCGUCCCUCUUGAACCUGGAGACCACUGAAAAUAUCAUAGAGGUCAGUCCGGCAACACAGAGGAGGAUCAGGGCCUCGUUGUCUGAUCUGGACAAUGAAGAGGCGAUAGAAAACCUCUCCGUCCGCCAGCUGAAAGAGAUUCUUGCCAGGAACUUUGUCAAUUACUCUGGCUGCUGCGAGAAGUGGGAGCUCCUGGAGCGAGUGCAUCGACUCUACAGAGAAAAUGAGCAGAACAGGAAAUCCAUGGAAAAUGUGAGCAUAACUGCAGUGGUUGCGUAUCCUCCACCUCUCUGCCACAGUGGAGUUGGAGAUGGUGUCAAAGCUCAGCUGGCGGCUGAUGAAAACUUGUGCCGCAUCUGCAUGGACGCCAUCAUCGACUGCGUGCUCCUAGAAUGUGGUCACAUGGUGACCUGCACCAAAUGCGGAAAGCGGAUGAGCGAGUGCCCCAUCUGCAGGCAGUACGUGGUGCGGGCGGUGCACGUCUUCAAGUCUUAAAACUCUGAGCGUGUGCGCGUUGGAGCGGCCCUCAGGCGUCCACGUGGCCCGAGCCCUGAAUUUAUCACUGAGGAUGAACUGCUGUGCAUGACGUCUCACAGGGCCUAAUGCUGCAGCAGGCGCGAGCAACUUUCCGGUCUUUGAAACCAGACUGUUGCCUCUGGCCUACUACGGUUUGCCCCCCCCCCCCCCCCCCUUUUACUAACUCAUGUUCCAGCCCUACUUCUCCUCCCUGGUGGACCGUCAUCAGCUGCACCGGGACACUCACUCUUCCUCUCUUUGGUCUGUUAAACACACAGCAGAACCCCCCUGCCAUCACUUUCUACUCUCCAUUCUCUGUUUAGAUUUUACUCACAGGAGAGGAGAGGAGGUGGUCCCGUGGAUACUUGAAAUGGAUCGGGUUGGUCUGCAUGGUGAAGAGAGGGAGAAGUGUGGUGUGGUGAAAAAUAUAAGAUCCCAGGGUUAGAGUCAAUAUGGUUUACACAGUCAUGCCACAUGACACCGUGUUAUCUCCUUCAGUGUUCUUUAGGAUGUGCAAUAUCAGAAAAAAAGAGACUUACACAUGUUUUUAGAAAAUAUCUAUUCGUUAAUCCGAACACCACACGCACCGAGUCAUCUCGUCACACACACAGGAGGGUAUAAGGUGCCAAACAUCAUGCCUUUGAUUGAUAUUUGGGUUAGGAUUUCACAAUAUAUGCAUCUCAUAACCAGCAAGCUUGGUGUGAUAGUUUACUCUUUUUUUCUGUUUUCUCAAAUGAACUUUAAGAAAUAAAAAGUGUGUACAUGUAAACCUUUCAACACUUUACUUGUGUGAAUGUGUUUUGCCAUUUUUCCUCCUUGAAAAUGAAGCGCCCAGAUAGUAAAACCGCUGCUUGGUCACGUCACGUGCCACACUACAUUCCCGUUACUGAGCGUGAAAGUUCAUUUUUGACCUUUGAAACAGCAGUAUGACAAAAAAAAAAAAAUCUAAACUCAAGGCCCACUUACUAACUUUUUCCGGGUUUUAACCACACUUCAUGGUCUCAGCAGAUUGUUUCCUCACUUGUCAUAAAGAUGGUUCAGCUAACAUCAGGUGGUCAUUUACAGUAUGAGACCCUGAGGAAGACGAUGAGAUGCAGCAGCAGUUUUUUUUUUUUUUUAAAGCUAGUAAUUGAACCUUGAGUGAAGAUACUAUUUUUAACUAUAUUUGAAUGACUCAUUCCUUUUUAAUUUUAAAUAACUUCCACCAAGCAAAACCAUCAAUUUUACAGGUCUAACAAGUGUCUUGUUUGAUUGUGUUGUCCAUUAAUGUCAAAUCUUAGGUAGGUAACAGGUGCUACUUCCUCUUUUCUGAGUGUAACAUCAACAAACCCUUUUGUCAUGUUGUCAAGGCGUCCUUCCAAACAUCCAAUCACAUAGUGAGAGGUAGAAGAAGCCUGGUUUACUUUAACCUGUUAUGCAAAUGAAACACUUUGUUUUCUUGUCAUGAGAUCCAGUUAACUCAGAUGUCACUAAAAUAUUCGUGUGUACAGUAUGCCUGUGGUAUGUUUAAAAAAAUAAUAAUAAAAAAAAGCUGAAUUACUGUUAAGUGAAUCGCAUAGAUAGUUUAUAUUGUUGUUUACUGAUAAGUUAUUAAAUGUAUAUUUUUUCAUGUACUGGGGAGAUGACAUGAUUUAAAAUUCUAAUCAAUGCGAAGGUUUAAAAAUAAAAAUAUGCUGUUUUACAGAAUGUAUUUCUGCUGGUUUUGGUCAGAAGAGUUCCUCAGUCCUCUGAGCGCGUCAGUCUCUCACCAUUAAAGUUGCGUCAUGGUCUUGCUUUCUAGCACUUUCUGUUGUCGUCUGCUUCAGAUCUAAAACCAACACUGACACCAUGCACUGUAACAAACACUGUAACUCUGUAAGUCUGUUUGUUGAUGCUGCUGUUUCUCAAAGAUGUCAUUCAUGGGCAGCUACGGUAUUAUCAGAGUAGGAGGGUAUCAUGAGCACUCAUAAUCCUGGAUCUUUAUAUUUUGGAAUGUUGAACCUUUUUAUUUUGGUAAACAAGAGAAAAUGAUUUAUUAGAUUCAAUAAA